UCAGGCAAAUAAAGGCGGUGUUUGGAAGAAGGUUUAGGGUUUGCAAGAGAGUUUGUUGUAAAGUUUCCAUGAUCCCUCAUCAUGGAAUUUUCAUUCCGAGGAAUAUUAUUAACAUGCGUUGUUAUGUUGCUUUGCAUUUGUCAUGGGGUGUCAAAGCCGGUGUUUAUGGUGACAUUUCCUGCUGUUAUAAAAUCAGGCUCACAGGCUAAACUGUGUGUGAGCAUUAUGAAGCUGACUGAAUCUGUUCUGCUCACCAUUGAUCUGGUUCACGAAAACCAGAACAAAACUCUUCUGCAAGUAGAAACUGUGAAUGAACUCCAUCGCUGCCAUGAUUUUCAGGCUCCCAUGCUUGACUCGGUGCAAGAGGUUAAAGUGAUGGCUCAAGGGAAGAACACUCUUGUUACUGAAACCAGAAAAGUCAAGUUCAUAUCUGUUCAACCACUGACAAUAAUUGGAAUGGAUAAACGAAUAUAUAACCCCGGACAAACAGUCCAUUUCAGAAUUUUCACAAUGGAUACAGACUUUAAACCCAUUGAGGAAAAAUACAAAAUUGUCGCUGUACAGGACAAUAGAGGAAACAGAAUUAAUCAGUGGAUUAAUGCCACAGCCACCCAUGGCAAGAUUGUGCAACUUUCUCAUGUACUAAAUCCAGAAGCUCCUGUUGGUUUUUAUGAGUUGUCUGUUGAAACCGACAAAGCAACGUUUAAAGAACAGUUUCAGGUUAAACAGUAUGUUUUGCCCAAGUUCGAGGUAAUAAUAAAACAUCCUGAGACGGUAAGAGCAAAUGAAGAUUUAACGCUAGCAGUUUGUGGCCGAUACACUCAUGGACGGCCAAUUCUGGGUAAAGUGGAAAUGAGUCUCUGCUGUCCCAAACCUUACUAUGCAUCUCCAUAUAACUCUAGGUUUUGCAUUGAUAAGUUGGCUGUGCUAAAUGAUACUGGCUGUGUGUCUCAGCUGUUCUCUAUAUUUGAAAUUAUAAAACAUAGAGCACCUGAAUAUGUAUCUAGCCUUGAAUUCACAGCAUCAGUAACCGAGGAGGGGACAGAAAUCUCACUGAUAAGAAGUUCAAGUGUGCCUUUAUCUUAUACGAUUGGUAGAGUCAUAUUUGUUGAUGAACCAGCAUAUAUUAAAGAUGGACAUAUUGUAAAGGGAAAGGUUAAAGUUGAACUCUCCGAUGGGACCCCAGUUACAAACUCUAAAGUCACAGUUUUUGCAAACAAUUUUAUUCGCACAUCCACUUUCCCACUUACGACAGACAUUAAUGGGAUGGCCAAUUUCACAAUUUAUUUACUAUCUUUUCAAAUGACAACUUGUACAAUAUCGGCAAGCGCUUCACCAGACAGUCUGUUUGGAUUUAUGUUUAAUUUCGAAAAUUCACAAAAAACUGUGCAACUGCAAGAUCAAUCUACAGCAAAAACAAGUCAAUUGACAAUAAAGGCCCUGCCAGAACCACUGAAGUGUGAGGUGGAGAUAUCAGUAACGGUCCAGUACACCUUUGCUGGAGAAACUAUGAAAAGUGACUCUGUUACUAUAGUAUACCUGAUUGUAUCUAGAGGAGAGAUAAUCCAUCAUGGGCAUAAUAAAGUAACAGUAUCAGACUCUGAUGGGGUAGUGGAAGGAGAGGUUGCGUUUAGGGUGCAUGUUCAUCCCAAGAUGGCACCUAAGAUGGAGAUUCUCACGUACUGCGUUCUGCCCAGUGAGACUGUACUCUCCACAUCCAAAACAUUUCAAACUGAGAAAUGUCUGGAAAACAAGGUGUCUCUUCAGUUUUCUCCUGCUACAGCAGUUCCAGGUGAAGCAAACACAAUACAGCUGUCAGCUCAGCCUGGUUCACUGUGUGGCCUCACUGGUGUAGAUCAAAGUGUUAACAUCUUGGAGAAAAAUAAACAUCUAAACGUUGACAAAAUCUUCAGCAUGCUUCCACACCGGUUUUUUUCAUAUGAAAUUGAAGAUCCAGUUGAAUGUUUUAAAAUCCGAUUCAAAAGAAGUACUAUGCCAAGUAUAUACCCUCCCAUCUACCCUUCUACAUCAGGGAAUACAUUAGAUUCUGUCUAUGAGUCUUUCAAGAACAUGGGAUUGAAGGUGGCAACAAAUUUGAUUGUCAGAACACCACCUUGUGUUAAACUCAGAGAUGUAUUUUAUCAAAGAGUAUUUGGUGACUAUCAUCCUAUGCGGUUCCCUGGGUCAGUGUAUCCUCAUGUAUAUGCACAACUACCAGGUGUUGGAGCAGGACUUGGAGCAGGAGGAGUUGGAGGAGUAGGACCUGGACAACCAUUUGCAGGUGGAGUUGGACUACCAGGUGGGGCAGGAGGUGGUGUAGCAGGUUAUGGACCAGGAGGUUAUGGACCAGGAGGUUAUGGACCAGGAGUUUAUGGACCAGGAGGUUAUGGACCAGGAGAUUAUGGACCAGGAGGUUAUGGACCAGGAGGUUAUGUACCAGGAGUUCUAAAUGUUGUAGCUCCACCUAUAGAAACGAUUCGCACAUUUUUCCCUGAAACUUGGAUCUGGGAUCUUGUUGAGGUUGGAGACUCUGGAUCAACACAGGUUCCUGUCAAGGUUCCUGACACCAUCACCACCUGGGAGACGGAUGCCUUCUGUCUGUCCUCCAAAGGUUUGGGUUUGGCUCCUCCUGCUCAGCUGACAGUUUUCCAGCCCUUCUUCCUGGAGCUUUCUCUGCCUUACUCCAUCAUCCGUGGGGAGAUCUUUGAACUGAAGGCCACCGUCUUCAACUAUCUGUCCAAAUGUAUCAUGGUUAAAGUAACUCCAGCUCCAUCUUCAGACUUCACUCUUAAAGCCUCCUCUGAUGAUGACCAGUAUUCAUCCUGUCUGUGUGCUAAUGGAAGAAAAACCUUUAAAUGGAUUCUCACUCCUUCUGUUCUUGGAGUGUUGAAUAUAACAGUGAGUGCAGAGGCAGAGCAGUCACAGACUGUGUGUGACAAUGAGAUUGUGAGCGUGCCAGAGAGAGGACGCAUUGACACGGUCACACAAAGCUUGCGUGUUAAUGCUGAAGGAAUCGAAAAGACUGAAAGCCAUAGCUGGUUGCUUUGUCCUAAGGGGCAAAAUCUCUUAGCAGAAGUAGAGCUGGCAUUUCCCAAAAAUGUGAUUGAAGGAUCUGCAAGAUCUACUGUUUCAGUCCUGGGAGACAUAUUGGGUCGGGCACUGCAGAAUCUUCAUGGAUUAUUACGAAUGCCGUACGGCUGUGGAGAACAAAACAUUGCUGUUCUGUCUCCCAAUAUUUACAUUUUACAGUAUCUUGAAAACACACAGCAACUCACUUCAGCCAUCAGAGAGCGCGCCAUUGGCUUUCUUAAGAAUGGUUAUCAGAGGCAACUGAACUAUGAAAACUCAGAAGAUGGGUCAUAUACAACCUUUGGUCAUGGAGAAGGAAAUACAUGGCUGACCGCUUUUGUGCUGAGGACGUUUGGAAAAGCGCAGCGUUACAUCUUUAUUGACCCCCAAAAAAUUCAGACUUCAAAGCAAUGGUUGAUGCGUCACCAACAAACAGGUGGCUGUUUUGAGAGCAAAGGGAAACUCUUUAAUAACAGAAUGAAGGGGGGUGUAAGUGACAGUGUGACCAUUUCUGCCUAUAUAACUGCAUCACUGCUCGAACUGAACACAUCUAUUACGGAUCCUGUUGUGAGUAAAAGCUUGAUGUGUUUGAAGAGAUUUGCUGGUCAUAACAACAACACAUACACCACAGCUUUGCUCGCUUAUACAUUUAGUCUGGCAGGAGAAAGAUCAUUUCGAGAUUAUCUUUUGAGGAAGUUAUCAGACAUUGGGAUUUCAGAAGGGUCUCAGCUUCAUUGGUCUCAGUCAGGAUCUGUUGAUGAUUCUGGUUCUCUGUCAGUGGAGAUCAGCUCAUAUGUUCUGCUAGCUGUUCUCACUUCAGAUUCAGUCACUACAGUUGAGCUGGGUUAUGCUAACAGGAUCGUCAGCUGGCUUGUCAAGCAGCAGAACGCCUAUGGAGGAUUCUCCUCUACACAGGACACAGUUGUGGCUCUUCAGGCUUUGUCUUUGUACGCCACCAAAGUCUUCAGCUCUGAUGGUUUCAGUACAGUGACGGUUCAGUCAGCAGGAGACUCUCACAACUUUGAUGUGAAUCAGGACAACAAGUUACUGUAUCAGGAGAAGAAACUGACCAAUGUUCCUGGCAAAUACAGUAUUGAAGUGAAAGGCUCGGCCUGUGUGUCUGUGCAGAUUUCUCUUUUCUACAAUAUCCCCACCCCUUCUAUACCAAAUACAUUUAACAUCUCUGCUAAGACUGAGGGAGUGUGUGAGAAAUCUAACGGACAAAUUCUGGAUGUCAUGUUAAACAUUGAAUAUUCUGGGUCACAACCCAGUACCAACAUGGUCAUUGUGAAUGUCAAACUUUUGUCCGGUUUCAUAGCAGAAACUCUUUCACUACAUUGGCUAAAGACUGCAGAACUUGUGAGUCGUGUUGAAUCAAAAGACGACCAUGUCAUCAUGUAUCUACAAGAGGUUCAACAUAACAGACCUGUUUUUUACACAUUACGUAUUAAACAAAUAGUUGAAGUAGAGAACCUAAAGCCAGCAGUGAUACAAGUCUAUGAUUACUACCAGACCAGUGACCGGUUUGAAAAGGAAUAUUUCAAUCACUGCCUAAAUAGCUGAAGAUGAAACAUCAACUAUUUUCUCGUGCUCUACGCUUCUGUUUAUUUUUCUUUCUGUACUUUUAAGAAUUAUAGUCAUGCUUGCAAUUCUUAGAUUGUAGUGGCACUAUCUAUUACAGUGCAAUUCAUGAAUGUGUGCAAUUGUUGCAAAAUGCUCUGUAAAAGUAGCAUUCAUUUCCAAUAAAAACGACUCGCACUUAGAAAUUCAUUUCUAAUGUCAAAUAACUUGCUAAAAUAUUACAUUAUAAUUAGUGGAGGGCAAAGAUUAAUUGUAAUUUACCCCAUACAAAAUAAAAGUACAUUUGUGCAUUAAA